UUGAGUACAUGAUCCUGGCCACGAUCAUCGCCAACUGCAUCGUCCUGGCGCUGGAACAGCACCUCCCCAACGAUGACAAGACACCUCUCUCUUUGCGCCUGGAGGAGACAGAGCCAUAUUUUAUUGCCAUCUUCUGUCUGGAGACGGCGAUUAAGAUCCUGGCCCUAGGAUUCGUGUUCCACAAAGGGUCUUACUUGCACAGUGGCUGGAACAUCAUGGACUUUGUGGUGGUGCUGACAGGUAUGUUGGCGAUGAUGGGCACAGACUUUGACCUGCGAACUCUGCGCGCAGUGCGUGUACUGAGACCAUUAAAACUUGUAUCAGGAAUUCCCAGCCUGCAGGUGGUGCUGAAGUCCAUUAUGAAGGCGAUGAUCCCAUUGCUGCAGAUCGGGAUGCUCCUGUUCUUUGCCAUCCUCAUGUUUGCCAUCAUCGGGCUGGAGUUCUACGUGGGGAAGUUCCACACCACCUGCAUGCUCAACAACACAGAGUAUGACAGCGACCCGUGUGGCCUGGAGGCUCCGGCUCGCCUCUGCCCCAAGGACCUCGAGUGCAAGGGCUAUUGGGAAGGCCCCAACUACGGCAUCACGCAGUUUGACAACAUCCUCUUUGCGGGACUGACCGUGUUCCAGUGCAUCACCAUGGAGGGAUGGGUGGACGUCCUCUACAACACCAACGACGCGCUGGGCAACACGUGGAACUGGCUCUACUUCAUCCCCCUCAUCAUCAUCGGGUCCUUCUUCAUGCUCAACCUCGCCCUGGGAGUCCUGUCUGGGGAGUUUGCCAAGGAGCGAGAGAGAGUGGAGAACAGGAGAGCCUUUCUGAAGCUUCGCCGGCAACAACAGCUGGAUCGCGAGCUCAACGGCUACCUCGAGUGGAUCUGCAAAGCUGAGGAGGUUAUGCUGGAAGAGGAAGACAAACACGCAGAGGACAGGUCAGCCCUCGAUGUGCUCCGCAGGGCCACGGUGAAGCGGAGCCGUAACGACCUCAUCAACGCGGAGGAGGGAGACGGCUACUUCAGCGACAACUCGUCCGUGGACUCUCCGUUUGCGCACGGCAGCCAGCGCAGCGGGCGCCACAGCGGCGGCGCCACCUACUUCCGCCGCAAGGAGAAGCACCUGCGCUUCUCCAUCCGCCGCAUGGUCAAGUCACAGGCCUUCUACUGGGGCGUGCUCUUCAUGGUGGGCCUCAACACGCUCUGCGUCGCCAUCGUGCACCACGACCAGCCCGAGGAGCUCUCCGUCUUCCUGCACUACGCGGAGUUUGUGUUCCUGGCGCUCUUCCUCCUGGAGGUGAUGCUCAAGAUCUACGGGCUGGGCCCCCGCCCUUACUUCCACUCGGCCUUCAACUGCUUCGACUUUGGAGUGAUUGUGGGGAGCAUGGUGGAGAUGGCGGUGUCGUGGUUGCGCCCGGGAUCGGCGUUCGGGAUCAGCGUGCUGCGCGCCCUGCGUCUCCUGCGCAUAUUCAAGGUCACCAAGUACUGGGCAUCACUGCGGAACCUCGUCGUGUCCCUGCUCAACUCCAUGAAGUCGAUCAUCUCUCUCCUCUUUCUCCUCUUCCUCUUCAUCGUCGUCUUCGCCCUGCUCGGCAUGCAGCUCUUUGGCGGACAGUUCAAUUUCGAAGAGGGCACACCCCCAACCAACUUUGAUACUUUCCCAGCAGCCAUCCUCACUGUGUUCCAGAUUCUAACCGGGGAGGACUGGAAUGCCGUGAUGUACGAUGGCAUCAAGUCCCAGGGCGGGGUGAAGAAGGGAAUGAUGGCAUCGUGCUAUUUCAUCGUCCUCACCCUCUUUGGGAACUACACCCUGCUCAACGUGUUCCUCGCCAUUGCCGUGGACAACCUCGCGAACGCCCAGGAGCUCACCAAGGAUGAAGAGGAGGAGCAGGAAGCGACGAACAAGAAGCUGUUGUCGAUUAAAAAGGACGCCGAAGAGAUCAGCCCCUUGUCUACCGUGAACACACCCAGCAGCCGCCCUCUGUCGGUGUGGGAGCAACACUCGACCCGCCUGCGCCGCUCCAGCUCGGACGCCCUCAGGGUCAGCUGCGAGCAACUGUACAGCGAGCUGGACCCCGCGGCCCAGCGGCGGAUGGCCUACUCGCUCCACAUCGGGCCGGACUCGCACAGCCACCUGGACCGCCCACUCAGCGUCUCCCCGCGCCCUCCUGCCCAGUGUGCGUACCCAGACGGGAGAGAGGGCUGGAAGCCAAGUGACGUUUCGGAGGAAUCGAGCGCUCCCCAGCGGAAGCAGGGCGGCUCUCGGUGCCCGGGUGUCGCCGCUGCCGCGAAUGUCGAGGGGGGCACCGACGGCGCCGGGCUCAACCAUCGCAGGGGGCGCGGCCACAGCAAAGCCGCGGCGACCAGCCAGGACUCGGACCCCGAGAGAGCACGGAGCCAUGGCGCCACAGUGGAGCCCGGCCAGGAAAGAGAUACGGAGACAGGGCGGGGAAGGAAACGCCACUCCAAUCACCGACAUCACCAUCAUCACCAUCACCAUAAUCACCACCAUCACAUUCGCAGGUACAGCCCGGCUGACGAUGAUGUCAACGGAUUGCAGUUGCCACGCCAGCCCCCGCUGUCCCCGCUCCCCGAGGGGGGGGUGCUGGAUGGGCCGGCGAGGCCGGGGGAGUCGGGGAGGCCGGAUGGGGCCGGUGGGCACGGGGCGCCAGGUCGCUCGGAGGGGCCGCAGGGAGCCGGAGAACAGCCGAGACAUCACAAGAAGAAACAUUCCACCUGCAAGAGGAGGCACCAGCCCGUGACGCCGGAGAGCUCCUUGGAAGCCCCCAUCCCCGAGCAGGCGGAAGACGCCGACAACCAGCUCAACAACCGACGAGCCGUCACCGAGACGACGGCACAGCCGCACACGCUCGGAGGCACGCCCAGCGGCCAGUCACAGGAGAACAGCAUCCCCAUGAACAGCCUUGGCGUGCAGCUGGAGGUGCUGCCAGAGAAGAAAGACGAGGGUGGAGGGGAUGUCAACGAAGGAGGAAGUGGACCAAAGCCCAUGGUGCCUUUUAGCUCCAUGUUCAUUUUUAGUCCAACCAACCCGAUUCGGCGCGCGUGUCACUACGUGGUGAACCUGCGGUAUUUUGAGAUCACCAUCCUGUCCGUGAUCACCAUGAGCAGCAUCGCCCUGGCGGCCGAGGACCCCGUCCGCACCGACUCUCUGCACAACAACGUGCUCAAGUACUUUGACUUCGUAUUCACCGGAGUGUUCACCUUCGAGAUGGUCGUCAAGAUGGUCGACCUCGGGUUGUUUCUGCACCGAGGAGCGUACUUUCGUGACCUCUGGAACAUUUUGGACUUCAUCGUCGUCAGCGGAGCCCUGGUGGCGUUCACCUUCACAGAGAGCAAGGGGAACAAUCUGAACACGAUUAAGUCCCUGCGAGUGCUGCGCGUGCUGCGCCCCCUCAAGACCAUCAAGCGGCUCCCCAAGCUCAAGGCGGUGUUCGACUGCGUGGUCAACUCGCUCAAGAACGUGCUCAACAUCCUCAUCGUCUACAUGCUCUUCAUGUUCAUCUUCGCCGUCAUCGCCGUGCAGCUCUUCAAAGGCCGAUUCUACUACUGCACAGACGAGUCCAAGGAGUACGAGAAGGAUUGCCGUGGCUACUUCUUGGAGUACGACCGCGACAAAGUGGACCCUCACCCGCGCGAGUGGAAGCGGUUCGACUUCCACUACGACAACGUCCUGUGGGCUCUGCUCACGCUGUUUACAGUCUCCACGGGGGAGGGCUGGCCACAGGUCCUGAAGCACUCGGUGGACGCCACGUACGAGGAGAGGGGCCCCAGCCCCGGCUACCGAAUGGAGACCUCCAUCUUCUACGUCGUCUAUUUCGUCGUCUUCCCCUUCUUCUUCGUCAACAUCUUCGUGGCGCUCAUCAUCAUCACCUUCCAGGAGCAGGGGGACAAGGUCAUGUUGGACUGCACUCUGGAGAAGAACGAGAGGGCGUGCAUCGACUUUGCGAUCAGCGCGCGCCCGCACACGCGCUACAUGCCGGCCGACCGGAACAGCCUCCGCUUCCGCGUGUGGACGUUCGUGGUGUCGCCCCCCUUUGACUACUUCAUCAUGGCCAUGAUCGCCCUCAACACCGUCGUGCUCAUGAUGAAGUUCUACGGCGCGCCGGCCGCCUACGACGACUCGUUGAAAUACCUCAACAUUAUUUUCACCAUCGUCUUUUCCCUGGAGUGCAUCUUGAAACUCGUCGGCUUCGGCUUCCUGAAUUAUUUCCGCGACGCUUGGAAUGUCUUCGACCUCGUCACCGUCGGAGGGAGCGUCACGGACAUUUUAGUGACGGAACUCGUGAACAAUUUCAUCAACCUGAGUUUCCUGCGGCUGUUCCGCGCCGCCCGUCUCAUCAAGCUGCUGCGCCAGGGCUACACCAUCCGCAUCCUGCUCUGGACCUUCGUGCAGUCCUUCAAGGCUUUGCCGUACGUCUGUCUGCUCAUUGGGAUGCUCUUCUUCAUCUACGCCAUCAUCGGCAUGCAGGUGUUUGGCAAUAUAGCGCUGGAUGACGGCUAUGGGAUCAACCGCCAUAACAACUUUCGAACGUUCUUCCAAGCGCUGAUGCUUCUAUUCAGGAGUGCGACGGGCGAGGCGUGGCACGAGAUCAUGCUGGCGUGCCGCUCCCCGCGGCCGUGCGACGAGCUCGCGGGCCGCCACAAGAGCGAGGAGUGCGGCAGCGGAUUCGCCUACUUCUACUUCGUCUCCUUCAUUUUCUUCUGCUCCUUCCUGAUGCUGAACCUGUUUGUGGCGGUGAUAAUGGACAACUUUGAAUACCUCACCAGAGACUCGUCCAUACUCGGGCCUCACCACCUGGAGGAGUUCAUACGCGUGUGGGCCGAGUACGAUCCUUCCGCCUGUGGCAGGAUGAAGCACUCGGACAUGCAGGCCAUGCUGCGUCACAUGGCCCCUCCGCUGGGGCUGGGCAAGCGCUGCCCGGCGCACAUCGCGUACAAGCGGUUGAUGCGGAUGCACAUGCCCAUAGAGGUGGACGGAACCGUACACUUCACGUCCACGCUGGUGGCGCUCAUCCGCACGGCCUUGGAAAUCAAGAUGGCGUCCGGGGCAAAAGACCAACUGGCCAUGGACAUGGAGCUGAGGAGAGAGAUCAUGACAGUGUGGCAGCACCUGUCCAACAAAACCCUGGAUCUGUUGGUGCCGCCCAGAACGCCUACCGACUUGACGGUGGGGAAGGUGAACGCCGUGAAGAUGAUUUUGGAUUUUUACCGAGUGCACCGAAGCAAGCAGGUGGGCACGGAGGCGAGCGUGCCGCACUCCAGGCGUAAGAUCGGACCCACUGUGGUGCCUGCUCCCCUUGUUGCCAAGUCUCCGCAAUACAAGCUGGAGUGUAUGCAACCAUUGUUGGCCCCAACCCUCAGUGCCGAGAGUGACUGUCUGCUUUCCCUGGAGAGUCAGGGGCGAGCUGUGUCCAUGCCGCGGCUAGCUGGGAGCACGCAGACGGGCCCAAUGAAGAGAUCAGCGUCUGCCGUUGGAAAUGGAAACCGAUGCGAGUUAGAUGACGGUGUGGGUGGAGCGGGGCCCAAGGACAGGAUGGGGCCUGCUACGAGAACAGCCGCACGUGACGGAGGAGGCUCGCGAGAAGGAGCAGGCCCGAAGGAGGGGACCGUCCCGAAGGAGGGGACAGGCCUGACAGAAGGGACAGGCCUAAGGGAAGGCACAGGCCCGAAGGAGGGGGCAGGCCCACGGGAGGGCACGGGACGAACCAAGGGGACGGGGCCCAGGGACAGGACAAGGCCCAAAGAGGGUGUGGAGUCUAAGACAGCCACUUUAGAGGGGGUGGGGAAAGGUGUGGGGUCUGGAGACCGCUCUCAUACCGCGGAGAGAACUGGAAACCAUCGCUACCGAUCACGCGAGCGACACCGUCAACAGCAGCAGCAGCAGCAUCAUCAUCCCCAGCAUUAUGACACUGACGUGGAGGCCUACAGGACGUGCUCGCCCAGCCUCAAUCAUGAGAGACAAAUGAGCCCGGGCCCCGCCCCGUCCACGUCGGGGGGCAGCACCCCGCACCGGUCCCGGCGGCAGUUGCCGCGCACGCCGGCCACGCCGCGGCCCACGCUCACGUACACGCACAGCGGGCACGACGCGCCCUCGACGGGCUCGCAGCACGCGCACGGCGCGCCGCUCAGGGCGCACCGCACGCGCGCGGGCCCCGCCGCCGCCGCCGCCGCCCGCGGCGGGCACGCGGCCGUGACGCCGGUCUCCUCGGCGCAGGAGGACGGCUCCAUGGUGUCGGCCGUGUCGCACCAGGAGCGCGCACCCUCCGACCGCUCCGGGCUCACGAGCCGGCGCUACGUGUCGGAAUCCCAGCUGAGCUGCAACUACAGCGAUGCGGAGAGCCACGAGAGAUACGGCUAG